AUGGCAUCUAGCGACAUCAAGCACGAUUACAGCAUGGAGGCUGGACUGUUGAACACUGACCGAGAAGAGAGAAUCAUGUCAAAGGAAGCACUACUCCAGGAUUCGGAAUCUGCCCAUAUCACCCCAAGGACAACUACCAGAAGGAUAUCCCCAGCAGGCAAGGCUUUGAUUGCUCUGGCUGCUUGCUGUCUCUUAGGAGUCGGUGUAGCAUCUAUUGGCGGUGCUACUCGUUUCUGCCCUGGACAUCUCCGCCAUGGAGAUCUCAUGGGAAAGCAUGGCAUGAGCGGUCACCGAGCAAACCUUUCUGAGUCUAUAGCACAGAUGGUUCGACGACAAAACACACCAGCACCCACCGACACACAGGAUUCUACCGCCGACCCUACUGAUGCCGCUGUCGACGAAGCUUCUAAUGAAGCUUCGGCACCAACAGCCCCAACGGCUCCCACUGCACCCACGGCUCCUACAGCUCCAACUGCCCCAACUGCGCCCACUGCCCCUACGGCUCCUUCAGACACCGCAGUGCCGCCCUCGGAUACUGCUGAGGCGCCUACGGACCAGGCUUCCGCCACCCAGGAAGAGCCAUCUGAGGAACCAACCGAUGCUGCCACAAAUGAAGCAUCAGAGACACAGAACCAAGCAUCAGUCACCCAACGGCCAUCUGACACGAGUGAGCCAUCCUCACCCUCGCGACCCGCGAGCUCUGAACUUGACGAACCGACCUCUAACCCGGACACAGGCCGACCUUCUGCCACUGCUGCCCAAUCUACCGAGGAGGACUCUGCCACCGAGGAUACUCCUUCUGCCACCCAGUCGGAUGAGGAGCCUACUGAGCCUGCAUCAAACACGGCUCCUACCCAACAGACUACUCGUCGUACCACAGAGACUCGACAGUCAACUCAGGAGUCCGACCCCGAAUCAACCGCCGAUGAUUCCGCCACUGCCACUGGUACGUCCGACUUGGAAGAGGAACCUUCCGAGACUGCUCUCUCUUCUCGUGCUUCAACAUCCAAUCCUCCUGCUCCUAGUGCUACAACCUCCACUGCUGCCAGUACGUCUACUCGAACAACCUCUUUGCCUGAUCCAUCCUCUUUUUCUGAAUUGCCGUCCGAAACGGUAUCUUCGGGUGAGACAAAUCAAUCCACCGUCCUUGAUGAUACCUCCACUGUCGCCGAUGCUUCCACUGCUUUCGACACUGACACUGCCACUGUCCCCUCAUCCACUACUGACGACGCGAGCGAUGUCCUUUCCGAUUUGACCUCGGAACCAGCUUCCAAGUCAACACAGGAGUCAGGUACAGCGUCGCAGACUUCAGAAGAAAGAGAGACAACCACCGACGACCAGGAAACUGCAACUCAGACCGACGAGGCUACACAAACCGAUGAGGAUGAAACCACAACUGAAACAGAGUCCGCGCGAAGAACUAUCACCGGCACAGGUACCAAGGCAACCUCUAGCGCUAUUCCUAAGACCUACACCUCGACACUUGAGGAUGGCGGUGUCACCACAUUGACCUCAACCUCUUGGGUUGAAGUUGUCCCUUCUGCUGCUGCUACUGGCAGCAACGACCCUGACCUCCAGAACGCUGCUCCUCGAUCAGUUGGUUCAGUCCUGGGUGCAGUUGUUGGUAUGGUCUUUGGCGGUUUCAUUCUUCUGUGA